UUCUCUGCCCAGACAUACUUUGAUACGCAACCAGAACCACAUGGACAUAGUCAGAAGAUAUCGUCUGUGGCUUCUUUCAUAGAUAGACAGAUAAAGCUCAAACGUAGAGUCGCACUCGUUACCUCGGGUGGUACAACCGUACCAUUAGAGAAGAAUACGGUGAGAUUUUUAGAUAAUUUUAGCGCUGGUACUCGUGGAGCCACAUCCGCUGAGUACUUACUCAAUGAUGAUCGCUAUUCCGUCAUAUUCAUGCAUCGUCAACACUCUUUACAACCAUAUACGAAGCAUUUUAGUCAUACGACUAACCCUUUCCUUGAUUUACUCAACCUUCCUAACAAACCCGAAGAUGAUAUAACCGUUAACAAGUCAAAGACACCGGAGAUGUUCAAAAUUUUAAAAAGACACAAUGAAGUCUAUGAGCAAGAUAGGUUGUUCAGUUUACCAUUUGUCACUGUACAAGAAUACCUAUUCUUACUCCGUGAUGUGAGCAAAUUAAUGAAAAAGUUGGGCAAAAAUGCUUUAUACUAUCUAGCAGCUGCAGUUAGUGAUUUCUUUAUACCUACGCAAAAAAUAUUUGAGCAUAAAAUACAAUCCCAAAAGGGUAGCUUACAAAUUGAGAUGGAUCAAACACCAAAAAUCUUAGGAUCAUUAGUUAAAGAUUGGACGCCAGAGGGGUACAUUGUUAGCUUCAAAUUAGAAACUGAUCAAUCAUUGCUUAUUCCGAAAGCUAUAGCUGCGCUUGAGAAAUAUGAACAUCAUCUCGUUAUUGCGAACGAUUUAAAGGAUAGAAAAUACAAAGUAACACUCGUUGAACGUAAA